AUGCUUCAUUUCGCUCGCUGGAAAAUCGUGCUGAUCGUGCUUGUGGUUGCCGCAGGUAUUCUCACGACGCUGCCGAAUUUCUUUACCGCCAAACAACUCGAGAGCUGGCCGGACUUCCUGCCGAAGAACCAGAUGGUUCUUGGGCUCGAUCUGCAGGGUGGCGCUUAUCUGCUCUAUGAAGUGGAUCAGAAAAAAUACAUCGAAGAUCGUUUUAAGGCACUUGAAGGCGAAAUUCGGGACGUUCUGCGGGAAAACCCGAGAAUUGGCUAUACAGGCCUGGACGCUCGACCGGAGUCCGCGCAGGUCAGAAUUCGGGAUCUGACACGCCUGGAUGAGGCAAGGGAGCGCCUUUCGCCACUGGUAAAUCCUCUUGUUUCCAGCUUGUUCGGAGGUCAGCCGGUCGACGAGUUCGAUUUGAGUGUCGAUGACAAUGGACUGGUCCGGUUUACCUAUUCAGAAGCAGGCCUGGACAACAGGCUUCAGUCGAUCGUCCAGCAAUCCAUCGAAGUCAUCCGCAAACGUGUUGACGAGCUCGGCACGACCGAGCCGAAUAUUCAACGGCAGGGGACAGACCGGAUCCUGGUGGAAGCGCCGGGUGAGGGAGAUCCUGAACGCCUCAAGGAUCUUAUCGGUGAAACCGCGAAGCUGACAUUCCAUCUGGUCGACAGAAACAUGACAGGUGAACAGGCGCUUCAGAGCCGCCCACCGGUGGGUACCUCGGUGUUCAUGUCAGUUGACGAUCCUCCCAUUCCCUAUCUCCUGCAAACCAAACCCUUGUUGGGUGGGGAAGACCUUGUCGACGCACAGGUUGCCUUCGGCCAGAAUACCAACGAACCGGUUGUGACCUUCCGCUUCAACCAGUCGGGGGCUCGGGAAUUUGCACGGGUCACGACAGAAAACGUCAAUUUCCCCUUUGCAAUUCUCCUGGACGAUGAAGUCAUCUCGGCGCCCGUGAUCAGAGAGCCGAUCCUGGGUGGGUCCGGUCAGAUUUCCGGUAACUUUACCGUCGAAGGUGCGAAUGAUCUCGCAAUACUGCUGCGUGCCGGCGCGCUGCCUGCACAAUUGACGGUGAUUGAGGAACGGUCGAUCGGACCUGGCCUCGGAGCCGACUCGAUCGAAGCUGGUAAACUGGCAUCGAUCAUUGCAGGUGCAGCUGUGAUCGUAUUCAUGAUCCUUGCCUAUGGACGGUUCGGCGUCAUUGCCGACCUGGCGCUUGCCACCAACAUUUUCUUGAUUUUCGGUGCGUUGACGGUCCUUCAGGCGACACUCACCCUUCCGGGAAUUGCCGGUAUCGUCCUGACGAUCGGCAUGGCGGUGGAUGCAAACGUGCUGAUCUUCGAGCGAAUACGCGAGGAAUCGAGGGCUGGUCGCUCGGUGAUCUCGGCGAUUGAUGCCGGCUACAGCCGUGCGCUCGGUACAAUUCUUGAUGCCAAUAUCACCACGCUCAUAGCGGCCGUGAUCCUUUUCCAACUUGGAUCCGGACCGGUUCGCGGAUUUGCCGUCACGCUUGCGAUCGGCAUUUUCACGACAGUUUUCUCGGCAUUCACGUUCAGCCGGUUGCUGGUGGCUCUCUGGAUACGCCGCCGUCGUCCAUCCGCGUUGCCGAUCUGA